ACAAAAUAUACAAUCUAUGCUUACGAGUUACCAAACUUAUUUACAUUAAGUCAUUGACAUUGACAUAUUAUGUGAUUUAUAUGUGAUGAAUGUAUAUAGAACCGGGGUUUCGAUUCACCUAUUUUUUUAACACUCGAAUAUUCAGAACGAGUAAAAUUAAUUAAAAAUUCAUAAUGGAUUUAGCUAACUUACAAAAUAAGAGCGAGACUGAAUUGACGCGAGAAGAUAAAAUAAGACUGGAACAUUUAAAGAUGCACGAAUUGCAUCGGGGUCACGAAGCAAUGCAUGCAGAGAUGCUGUUUAUAUUAUUGGGAACAUUAAUAGUAGCCCAAAUUGCACUAGUUGAAUGGAAAAAAAGACACUGUAGAUCAUAUCAGUUUGUUACAUUAGUUGCAAUGUGGAUCAUUCCAUUAGGAAUAUGUAUUCAAAAUUUGUGGUGGAGAUUUAUUUUUGUGUGGCUAGUCUUUUCCUGUAUAACAGGCCUUAUUAUGAGGAAAGCUUUGCAGCAUCCUUUACAGAGGAACACUCCAAGAUUAGUGUACAAAUGGUUUUAUUUUAUAUAUAAACUUAGUUAUGCUUUCGGCAUUGUUGCCUAUUUUGCAAUGCUUGCAACAUUCUUUGGUUUAAAUUUCAUUUUCAACAUGAAACCACAAGUUUGGAUGGAUUUUGCUUUACUGUGCUUAUUUUAUGGACUGUACUUUGGAGUACUGGGUCGAGAUGUAGCUGAAAUAUGUGCAGAUAAAAUGGCAUCGCAUGUAGGGUAUUAUACACCAGGGAAAAUGCCAACUAGAACGUUAGAUAAGCAUGUUUGUGCCGUAUGUGGAAACAAACUUCUAAUUUCCGAACACGAGGAGGGAGUUAUAGAGAACACAUAUAAACUUAGUUGUGAGCACGAAUUUCAUGAAUUUUGCAUCAGAGGUUGGUGCAUUGUGGGAAAAAAACAAAUUUGUCCUUACUGUAAAGAGAAAGUUGAUCUCAAGAAAAUGUUUUGCAAUCCAUGGGAACGACCGCAUGUUCUUUAUGGACAAUUAUUAGAUUGGAUCAGGUGGUUAGUUGCGUGGCAGCCAUUAAUUUUGUUCCUAGUACGUGGUAUCAAUUGGGCCUUGGGCCUUGAGUAAGUAAAUUGUUUUGAUAUGCAUCAAUGUAUCAUCAAAUCACUUCACGAUUCUCUUUUCUAAUAUCGAAAAGCAUUGAGAAAUUCGAAGAUCGACGAUAGACAUAUUAUUAACUCUAUAAUUUUGCGUUAUACAGUACUAAUUAUCUUUCAAAAAAAAAAAUAUCUUUUUGUGGCCUUCGUAAAAACAUUUCAUUAACAUUAACAUGUUUUGAUGGCUUUUUAUCGAAAGCUUUACUUAUGUUGAAUACUUCGAGAUUAAUAAUUUUGAUGUAAACUGAUAAAAUGCAAAUUACUAUAUGUUAAUGUACGAUUACAUUUUUAAAAAAAUAGAUUUUCCUAUUUAAAAAUUUUAUGUAAAUAAACAAUUUUUUAUCUGGA